UCCCCCCGCCCCACAGGCACACAGCCCCCUCCCCACUAGCCAUCCCAUCCCCCCAUCCAAUACAGGGACAUAGAGCACAGCCUGCCCUCACCCCACAUUCCUAUGGACAGACACCUGCAGGGCGAAUAUAAACACAAUGGCAUUUGAGUUUGUGUUGAACUUUCCAACUCCUGAUGUUUGACUGGGUUUGAAAUUAGAGAGAAUGAAUUUGCUUAGUCCCAGACACUAUUAUUUGGUGAUGGUUUGUCAGCAUGUGUCAGAUGGGAAAGGAGCUGUUUAUCCUAUAACAUGGAGGAUUGCCUUCAUACUUCUUCUGAAAAUCUUUCCAAACUGGUCAGCUGGGCUCAUAGCCAUGGGACCAUAUGCAGCCUCAUUCCAAAUUUAAAGCACUUGCUUUCAGAAGGUUCCCAUGGGAACCUCACAGCUAUGUGGGGCUGUAGUGCAGGCCAUGCUUACCACUGGCCACUGACUGCAACCUGCCGGGCUGGGUCGCAGGAAAGAGUGUGCUUUCAAGACAACAGGAGCUUUAACUCAGACAGUCCCAGCAUUAUUGGUGUGCCAUCGGAAACACAGCCCAGCCCUGUAGAGCGAUACCCUGGAAGACCAGUGAAAGCAAAGUUGGACUGUAACAGAACCAGAGACUCCUGUGACUUCUCUUACUGCAGUGAGCCCUCUGAGCUGGGUGAAGCUGUGGAAGAAUAUGAAGAUGAAGCUACUCUCUUUGACAUGGUUUGCGAGUCUUCAGUGACAGAUGAAGACAGUGACUUUGAACCUCAUCCCCAAAGAGCGCAAAAUGUUUCCCGCAAAAGGUCUGCGGUGGGACCGUCAUCAACAACCCUUUCAGGCUCCCAACCUCAGGUCACUGAUGAAAGCACCAAUGAUGUGAUAGUCAAAAAAAUCAAGCAAGAAAUCCCGGAAGACUAUUACAUCGUGGCCAACGCAGAACUUACUGGUGGUGUCGAUGGACCUGCACUCUCAUUGACACAGAUGUCCAAGCCCAAGUCUCAGACUCAUGCUGGGCCUUCCUAUGUUGGUCCACCUAAGCCCAGCCCCCACGCAACACCUUCUCUCAAUGCUGAUCUAGACUUGCAAAACUUGUCUGUAUCUCCACCCAUCUUAUCAAGACCUGCUGUUCAGAAGCCUGCUAGGGUAACUCUGGCUUCGCCAGCCAGAGGACCAGCUAGUACCCCUACAGCCAACCAGCAGGUUGCCCUUCAGAUGCCUGUCAGUAGUUCCAAUACCAGCAAACAAAUUAGUAUUCCUUUGUCAGCCCUGCAGCUCCCAGGACAAGAAGAGCAAGCAGGCUCAGAAGAGCUGCUCCAGCCUGUGCCAAAUCAGGUUCCAACCUGUGAAGUAGCAUCAUCUCCUUCUGUUAGCGCAGAGCCAGAGGUCAGCUCUAGUCAACAGCAGGCCAGCACUGCCCCUACCAUCACCACUGAGGCCACAGCCCAAUCAGUACCAGACCAGGAUGAAAGAGCAGCAGAACUUAGCAGGGAGCAGAAUGAGAAAACCAUCCGCAGCACUCAAACCGCACUUCGCAACUUCAGAGAAUUUCUCAUCUCCAAAUAUCCCUCUGAGACCCGGGAAAUCUAUGUCAUCCCUUGCAAAGAGCUUGAUGCAUACCUAGCUUCUUUCUUUGUGGAUGCCAGGCAGAAGGAUGGGUCAGAAUAUGAACCAAAUAGCUUGGCCAACUACCAGUGUGGGCUAGAGCGGUACCUCAAAGAGCACAGGUAUGGAUACAGUAUUACCAGGGAUAAGGAGUUCAAGAGGUCUCAGGAAGCUUUGAAGCAAAAGCAGAUAGAGCUGAGGUGUAAAGGUAAAGGGAACAAGCCACACAAAUCCAUGAAGCUUACCUUUGCUGAUGAGCUUAUCCUACGUAAACGAGGCUUGUUGAGUCGGUAUAACCCUGAGGGGUUGCUGAAUCUUGUCUGGCUAAAUAACACUAAAGCAUUUGGACACUGUACAGGUUUCCAUGGGUCCACCCUCAAAUGGGGGGAUAUCAGGCUCCGGGUGACAGAGACCGGACUGGAAUACUUGGAAUGGAUGGGGCCAGAUAAUGGAGAUGUGAACGCCAAAAGCAAGAGAGGAGGGACAGACUCCCGGGUGUACGCCACGCAGCAUUCUCCACAAACCUGUCCAGUGCAAGACUACAAGGAAUAUGCUCAAAGGCGGCCACCUGCCAUGCGAUAUGAAGACGCUCCUUUCUACCUGUCCAUCAAGCCAGUUGUCAACCUGGCUGCCCUUCACUGGUAUAAUUGCCAAGCCUUGGGGAAAAACAAGCUGGCAAAGAUGGUGAAGACAAUGUGUGAGAAAGGCAACAUACCUGGCAGAAAGACCAAUUUCAGUGUCUACCAGAGCUGUAGUACCUUGUCUGAAGCACAGAGCAACCAGCUGGUGCUCAUCUGUAACAAUUUAAGCCAGCAAGCAGCUCAGUCUAUGGCAAGCCACUCCAACCCUGGCAACUUCAUAGUGUCAGCUUCCUAUGACUCUUCCUCUGACACUGCUUGAAAGGUGGAUUUAAACUAAACUGCUUUUUUGUUUUAAGCUUUGAAUUUAUGCCCCCUAACACAUACCAACUGUGAUUGUACACUAUUUCCCCAUGCCCCUCAGUGUUAAUUCACUUUAUAAAAAAUAUAUAAAUAUAUAAUAUAUUUUUCUUUUUACAAAUAAGUCAAUAGAAAUAGUUUAGUAUUACUAACAUAGUAUUUAUAGUGUUAAUACAGAAAAUGAAAGCUACUUAUGUGUUAUAAUAUAAUAGCAGAUUUUACAAGAGCAAAAUGGUUCUCAGGCAACACAAGAUAUACUGAACAUACAGUUUUUAACAUGCAUAUGGAUGACAAGUGUAAAACCCCAGGGAGGUCUAUAUCUCAGUUCUGUUUUAAAGUAGUGUUGUUUUGUUUUUAAAGAAAAAAAAACCUUAUUUUGACCUUCCACACUGGGGGUUACAAACAUCGCUGGCUGCUGCUUCUUACCUGCUAGCUUGUUAUUGUUCAGUGAGACCUAGAAGUAAGAAAGGUUUUCAUAUAAGUUUGUGAAAUCAUUCACAGGGAUUUUUGUCCACAUGUUGUUUUGGUUCCUAAAGCUCAUUAAUGCUAGCUGGAAAGAUAUAUAAUAUUCCUCAAAUCAAUUGAAGAUAUGUUAAAUUGUUUUUGUUGUUGGGUUUUUUCUCCGUGAUUGAAAUGUCACUGGUUUUAGACCAGGAAGCAUUGUUUUCAACAAUAUGCAAUGAAAUAAUGGCAAAAAGACUGUUAUACCAGUAAUCUUAACUGCUGCAACCAAGCAUCAGUCUUUAGUUUUGCUAGAAAUUCAGUGUAAGAACCUACUAAAUUAGAACUGCAGUUGCUUUUUGAAUUUUCCAGAGAAAGCAACCAUACUGAAAAAUCAGAAGUCCUUGCCCAAGCCAUAAAAAUGGAAAGCAAAACAAACGUGUCUUAAAUCAUCAUUCAAAAUCCACAGAAUCCAAAACUGAUAAUUUUAUUAUUUGUAUUUUCUAUGUUAGGCAGAAAAAUGACAAUUCUAGAAUCCUGGAAGACAUACUGAGAUAAAUUCAGCUAGAUGCAUGCUCAUUGUUUCCAACUGAAAAAAGGGAAGUGAUGCGUGAAUAUGGAGGCAAAGGUUGGCCCUUAGAGACUUUAAAUCCUGACUGUUACCUUCCAACCUGUUUUACUUUGCAGUGUGACUGCUCAUUAAGUGCAAGGAAGAUACUAACAAAUACUGUAUUUCCAUAGAACCAUUAUAAUUCUUGACCUUUAUAAUUACAUGCGAUCGUUUCUUUGGGAAUUGAACUAAAUUUAUUCUGCAUUGCACAUGAAAAUGUUUUUGCUAAGGUUCCCUAGCACUGCAAAGAUGAGACUUUUGAGAAACACACCUGCAGCAUGGGCUGAAGCCCAUAGAAGCCCAUGAUAGUUUAGCUACAGAUUGAGUGUGUGCUCGCGCAGGCCAUAGAUGGGCACGUUGUCUGCUGGAAUUUAUUUACAUUCUAGUUUGGGGGUGAGGUUGUUGCUUAAGUUCUUUAAAUUUACAACUCUGUCAGAAGGUCUCCUAGAGCCAAAUAACCAUUCCAGCUCUAUGGGCCAAGGCACAUCAGUCAUCUAGUCAGUGGCAUAAAGAAAUGAUGGAGCUAACAUCGUAUCUAGCUGCUGUUGGCUCCCCAGUCUGAAUGACCAGGUGCCCAUUUACACUGGUUUGGCUGGGCACAGCCUUCUGGCAGUCAGGAGCAGGGUUUGUGAACUCAUGACUCUGGAGCCAUAGCCAGACAUUUUUUACUGCUCUGUCACCACACCCCCAGCACAAGAGUCUAGUGCAUUUAAUUAAAAUUGGUGGGCAAGAAAGAGUGUUACUACCCCCAGAAGAUGUAGUAACAGCAACUGAAGGUUGUCUCAGAGCUGGUCAGUGUUAUGAAACCUGUGUGGCUGAACCUAGGAUUAUUGUCUCUGUAUUGUUUGGUGGCAUGAUUUCCCCCAUCUUCAUAGCUUUCUCUUGAAGCUUUUCCAGUUUGUGUUGAAAAAUCAUUUUCAUCCUGAUUGGCAUCUUACAGCUAAUGCAAAAGCAUGCUUCCAGAAACUCCUUGGACCUAUUGAUUUCUAUGGGUGUUGCAUUUUGGAUUCAUCCCUACUCUUUACUCUGCCUGCGAUGAUUUAAGAUAUAAUCAAAGUAUCUCUUAAGGAGGAACAUGUUUUGCAGAAUGCUCUGAGGGAGCUAAAACAAGUCACUUGCUCUUUGGUUCUCAGUCCAUAAGGCAUGCUAUGUCCUGAUAGCUCCCAUUCUCAUUCCUCUUUUUCUGCUUUGUAUAUUUUAAUUUGUAUUUGGGUUCAUGUCAUAGUAGGGGUGAGCUAAUGGCUCCAGUACUGUUGAUCAAGCCAUGCGUGGUUGGUUGCUAUGUUUAGAAAGAAUUAUUUAUUUUGGAAAGUGGGUAGGGAGGACAUGUUUAUUACAUUUAUUUUAUUUCUAAACAGGGUUUUGUUUGUUUAUCCUAUUUUAAUUUAUGUGAACCCUAAUGAGUAACUCAAUGCUGAGUGUUUCUGUCAGAUGGAAGGCAGAUCACUAGGUGACCUUAUUUGGGGUGUUUAGAGCAAUAAGCCCUAUUUAGACUACUGGUUGAAGUAACCUUAAACCUGUAUGGUCAGGAUUUGAUAACCCUGAUAGUACAAUAUUCCAAAAGUAGGCCCACUGACUACAAACAGCACUUAAAAACUAUUCAGUCUGAGUAGGACUAUUAGACUUUGGCCCAUAAAUAGAAGGGCUUUAUAUUCACAUUCUUAUUAUGACCACUGCACAUUUUAAUUUAGCCCCUUAAAACCACCCGUUGAGAAGUAAGCUUAAGUGUUGACCUCUUCUUUUUUUUUUUUAAACUUGGAAAAAUAAGCUUCAUUAUAACCCUUCAUAUGAUAACAUUGUUCGUUGGAUUAAAUAUGAAUGUUGUUGACUGUACUGUACCAAGUGACUCUUUCCUGUUAAUACCAUUAGGACACUGAAGUUAGGCUGUAGCUCUGUGAACUGUUACAAACUUUUUAACCCUUCAUGCCUAUCUGAGCCAGGGGCUAGGUUCUCCCACCAUUACUCUGGUUUAAAAGUACCUUAUUCCAUGCUCUACCCCUCUGAAAGAACUCACUUACAAAAUAGGGUCCUAUUUGUGCAGUGGAUUAGAGCAGGUCAAAUGAUGAAUGACAUGGGUAACUUGAAAAAAUGCAUUGGAAAUGUUUGCACUACUGUCUAGAGUGAUAUGAUUUAAAAUGGUUGCUUCCAUGUGAGCAUAUUCAUUUUUGUUCAGGACAGUCCACCGGUUUUAGUGGGGUUUCUUGCAUGUAACUUAGCAAACUUUUGCCCUGUAGCUUUUAAAGUUAUAUUAAAGCUAAUUAAGCCUUACAAAUGAGAGGUACAUUUUAGAUAUAUGGUUUAUCACUGGUUUCUUGUGCAAACCAGCCUACAGGGAGAUCACUGCAUGUCCAUGUUGGUUUGUCCUUUCUAAGAGUCCCAACUAACAAGCAUGACACCAGUAAGUGCAGUAAAUGUUAGGUUAAUGCUCCAUUUGGCAUGGUCACAUAUUCAAAUACGUGCCAGUGAGAACAUCUACACUGGGUUAUACAAAUAUAUGCACCUGUGUCUGUUUAUCUGAUUGCACAUUCAAAUCUUUUCUUCACUAGGGGGCACAGGACUAAAGAACUUGAAUACUUAAGCCUUGUAGUAAUUACUGGUGUAUGUGUUUAUGGUAUUGCAUGUUUGCACAGCACAUAUGUAUGAUUAAGAGAGAACCCAUGCAGUGGUUGGGUAAACACAGUGAAGUUUUAUAAGUGUCAUAGCCUGUGAUUUGUCUCUGGAAAGGUUCAUACAACUAUUUCAAGUUUGUCAGUCUUACUAGGUGACACAUUUUGCCUUGCAGCUAUAUGUUUUUAAUCCACACAUUUAGCUUAAAAUCCU